AUGACCAUCGCGGUCCUGACGACCUCAACGACCAAGACAAAGCGCCGCGAACCGCUGAGGACAAUUGGAAUGGCGGCCACUCAGGCGCAAUCGCGUUCUGGCGCCGCGUCUGGCGGAGCGGGAAAGAGUGGUGGGGGGCAGAAAAGCACGCGACUGAGCGCGAGCAAGCAGAACCUCGAGGAGAUUUCGAAUAACGAGUCGAAACGGAAAGCGGGUUACGACGAGGACGCGGAUGGAUUUCAGUUUUCACUGUUGCCUUCGAAGAAACCGAAACCUUCGGUUGAAAUAGCGCCGCGCCUUGCUCACUCUGAUGUGGAAAAUGCGACUCCGAAACCAUCACCACGGAGAGGACGACCACCAAAGAAGCGAGUGGAGGAGCACGCGGUGCCAGCUAAGGGGAAAACGACCGAGCUACCAACUGGGAGGCCAAAAAGGGGAUCGGUACGGGCGAUAGAUGAUGAAGCAGAAGUACAAGGCGAAGCUGCGGCGCGCUCAUCACGGAACCGCGAAAUUCAUGAAGAGCAACCGGCAGAGAGAAAGAAGAAGAGGGGACGGCCGGCGAAGACGAAGACCAAUGAACCGAACGGCUAUUACUCACCAGAGCAACCUCCCGCGGGCAUCAAGGUAGCUCUACCGACGGCCGACACGCCGGUCAUUCAGCGCAAUAAGGAGUUCAGAGGAGCGAAAUCGAGUAAGGGUGGACGACGAAGUAGUCUGCAGAUGCGUGGACGAAGAGCGAGCGACUUGAUUGACUCGGGGACGUCGAACGCAUUGCCCCAUCGAGAAGUGAGCACGGCGGACUUUUAUAAACACAUUGCCGAUGAGGGACUUCCCGAGCCGCGCAGGAUGCGGCAGCUGCUUAUCUGGUGUGCGACUCGUGCGUUGCCUGACAAGCCCUCGGGGUCUCACUCUGAAGAGAUCAGUGCGCGUCUAGCAGCCCGCGCUAUUCAGGAGGAAAUCUUGAAAGAAUUCUCAUCCAACUCCGACCUAUCCAAUUGGUUUAGUCGUGAGGACGUGAGCCCUCCAACGGUGGUCGUGAAGAAGCCAAAUCCGAGGAAUGUGCAGAACACAGAUAAGAUUAAGGAGUUGGAAGAGCAAAUACAAAAACUCCAAAAAGAGAGACAUGCUCUGAACGCACUCCUCAAACAGCCGCCAAUUCCACGCAUCGAUGUUGAACCUCCCAAGAAAUCUCCUAAGAAGUCCCCCCGAUCCAAACGCCAGCCCCAAACCUCACCCCGCGACGACAUCAACACCUCCCUCCUCGACCCCUCACAGCAAGCUAUCUACGCCAGCCUCAAUCCCUCCUCCUCUACAGCGUCUCAAUCACAAUCACGAGGAGACGCUACUUCCUCAACUCGACCACCCAUGCCACCCUCCGCCGUCUCAGCCCGUCUCUCUCGGAUCACAACAGGUCUCGCACCGACACUCGAUGCCUUGGCUGCAGGAGUCCACGAUAUCGAAUUAUACCGCUCUACAGCUGACGCCGUCUCCUCUCAGAUACUGCGCAUCUGCGCCCAACGCCUUGAAGAGCGCGAUGCUCUGAAUACACAGCAACGACUCGCUAUUGAAGGUGAAGACGGCGAACAGCGUGUAACUAGAGUAUCACGCUCUCGGCCACGGGAAGACUUGGGCUUUAUACUUGGAGCGCUUAGUCGCGUGGAGAGGCGAUAG